AUGGCAACAUCAGACAAGGCGCUCGGCGCGGCGAUGCUGCUCGUUGCCGCUAUCGUGUUCGUAUACUACUCAACCUGGGCACUGUUACUUCCGUUCGUCGCCCCCGAUUCGACGCUUCACGACCUCUUCCCGCCCCGCGAGUGGGCCGUGCGCGGUCCAGCCCUCCUCCUCCUCGUAGGCGUCGCCGGUAUCGGCGCCUUCUUCGCAAAGGUCUCGGCAGCCGAGGCAGCCAAGCGGCGCGCACGCGAGGGCAAGGCAGCAUAA